CCUCGCGCGCCACGUCUGCCGGCUGGUGAUGGAGCGGCGGUAAAGGGGGCGGAGUCGGCCCGAGCGCCAGGGGAAGAUGGCGGCCAGUAUCCGGGAGAAGCAGACCGUGGCUCUGAAACGCAUGUUGAAUUUUAAUGUGCCACCUGUUAAAAACAGUACAGGUGAACCAGUAUGGAAAGUUCUUAUUUAUGACAGAUUUGGACAGGACAUAAUAUCUCCAUUACUCUCUGUGAAAGAAUUAAGAGAUAUGGGCAUUACUCUGCAUCUUCUUCUGCACUCUGAUCGAGACCCUAUUCCUGAUGUUCCAGCAAUAUAUUUUGUAAUGCCAACAGAAGAAAAUAUUGAUAGGCUGUGCCAGGAUCUUAGAAAUCAACUUUAUGAGUCGUAUUAUUUAAAUUUUAUUUCUGCCAUUUCAAGAAGUAAACUGGAAGAUAUAGCAAAUGCUGCUCUUGGUGCCAGUGCAGUUACACAAGUCGCUAAGGUACAAAGUAUAAUUUAAGU